AUGGUCUCAAGGACUUCUAGCCUCAAAUUCUUCUCACUACUAAUCUGUUCGAUUGCCAUUGUUCAGAUAGCGACCGCUGGAGACCCGGACAUUAUUACUGACUUCAUUGCUCCUCCAAAUGGAACAGUAGAUGGAAACUUCUUCACAUACACUGGCUUUCGUGUUCUUGUUGGAGGAGGCCCUCCUCCCACAGCUUUCACGGUGUUGAAGGCAACCCUGGCAGAGUUCCCUGCUCUUAAUGGGCAGAGUGUUUCUUAUGCCGUCCUUCAAUUCCCAUCCGGCACUACUAACCCACCGCACACUCAUCCUCGCUCUGCUGAACUCCUUUUCCUUGUUGAUGGUACCCUUGAAGUCGGUUUUGUUGACACGAAAAACAACCUCUUUACCCAGACUCUGCAAGCAGGUGAUCUGUUUGUGUUUCCGAAGGGACUUGCCCACUUCCAGUACAAUGCUGAUUCACAAAACCCAGCUCUAGCAAUUUCAGCCUUCGGAAGUGCAAAUGCAGGAACAGUAUCAAUCCCCAGCACCUUGUUCACCACCGGCAUUGACGACAAUGUCUUGGCUAUCUCCUUCAAGACAGAUGUAGCCACCAUUCAAAAGCUCAAGGCUGGUCUUGCUCCCAAACCGUAA